AUGGGCAAGUCCCUCCUGUUGGGACCCCUCAUCCUGUUCUGCUGCUUUAAAGCUCAUUGUCCCCACUGUCAGACUCCAGACUCAGAGAGUACAGAUGAUGAAAUGGUUUUUAGUGAAGAUAACUCUGGUGAGAAAGUUGUUCAAUGUAGGAUGUGUCAUCUACAGUUCCCUGGAGAAAAGUGUACUAGAGGAAGAGGGAGAUGUAUGGCGACACCUGAGGAGGCCUGCACAGUUGGGAAGAUUUUCACAAGGGAUGGUAGCCUCUGGUUAACUUUCAUGGGCUGCUUAAAGAACUGUGCUAAUGUAAGAAACAUACCAUGGAGCAUCUAUCUGGUGAGCUUCAAGUGUUGCCGGGGCUAUAACCUGUGCAAUGAAAACCUUUAG